CCAGCGACGGUAUUAGCUUUUCGGCUCACGGACGUGCGACGAUUUCAUGGCCCGUGUCGACUUUAUGGAAUAAUUUUCUAUUUCAGCAACACCGCCCAGCCCAUCAUGAGUUUAUUUGGGACAACCGCCGGUUUUGGUGCCGGAGGAACAAGUGUGUUUGGUAGUGCUACGACAGACACACAUAAUCCAAUGAAGGAUGUAGAGGUGACGUCUCCACCCGAUGACAGCAUUAGCUGUCUGGCUUUUAGCCCCCCAACUCUCCCGGGGAAUUUUCUCAUCGGAGGCUCAUGGGCCAACGAUGUGCGAUGUUGGGAAGUGCAGGACAAUGGCCAAACGGUGCCUAAAGCUCAGCAAAUGCACACAGGUCCAGUGUUGGAUGUCUGCUGGAGCGAUGAUGGGAGUAAAGUCUUCACUGCCUCAUGUGACAAAACUGCCAAGAUGUGGGAUCUGAACAGCAACCAGGCCAUGCAGAUUGCACAGCAUGAUGGCCCAAUUAAAUCAAUUCACUGGAUAAAGGCUCCUAACUAUAGCUGUAUCAUGACCGGAAGUUGGGACAAAACACUGAAGUUCUGGGACACACGCUCCCCAAACCCCAUGAUGUCACUGCAGAUGCCAGAACGUAGCUAUUGUGCCGACGUGGUGUAUCCCAUGGCAGUCGUUGCCACGGCAGAAAGAGGUCUGAUUGUGUAUCAGCUGGAGAAUCAGCCAUCAGAGUUCCGAAGAAUAGAUUCACCUCUGAAGCACCAGCAUCGUUGUGUGGCCAUCUUCAAGGACAAGCAGAACAAGCCUACAGGCUUUGCACUAGGCAGCAUUGAGGGACGAGUGGCUAUUCAUUACAUUAAUCCUCCCAAUCCAGCCAAGGACAACUUCACCUUCAAGUGCCAUAGAUCCAAUGGAACCAAUACCGCCACUCCCCAGGAUAUCUACGCUGUGAAUGCUAUUGCUUUUCAUCCCGUCCAUGGCACCUUGGCAACUGUUGGCUCAGAUGGUCGGUUCAGCUUCUGGGACAAGGAUGCCCGCACCAAGCUGAAGACCUCGGAACAGCUGGAUCAGCCAAUCACAGCCUGUUGCUUCAACAACAAUGGAAAUAUCUUUGCCUACUCCUCCAGUUAUGAUUGGUCAAAGGGCCAUGAGUACUACAAUCCCCAGAAGAAGAACUACAUCUUCCUGCGAAAUGCUGCCGAGGAGUUGAAGCCUCGGAACAAGAAAUGAUUCGUCGCGUCGGAAACUUCGAGGAGCGGCUUUAGUGUGUAUAUACAAGAGAGAACCCCCUUUUGGCUUACACCUGGACCAAUGGCGAGACUUUGCGUACUGUGUAUGGACCAAUCAGAAGGGGCCAACCUGCCCUUGUGUGAUGACCCGAUUUGUGGCUUCUGGCCACACGAGGGUAGCCGUUCUUUCUGUUGCUCAUCAUAAGUGUUCAUGGUAAAACCUGUCUUUUUAUAUUCAUGUCUGCAGUUAUCAUUUUUUUACAUGGCUCCCCUGAGGAUACACUGAUAUGUUUUACCUUUUGCUUUACUGUCAUUGCGUGGUGUAGCUCAAUUCUGAAAAUGUAAACUUAAUAAAUAAUUAUCUCCAGGA